GACAGAACGUUUGUUGUCAUUCACGAGCAAAACAAACAAAAUGUACGGCUCGGUUCGACGGAGAAUAUAAAAUUCGCAAAAAAAACUACGAUAUUAUUGCGCAAAAUGGACAUCCUACAUCCUCAUUUACUCAGUAAACAGCAGCUAUUGGAAAUAUUUCGGCAGCGUCAUAUUUCGAUUCCUCGCCUGGAGGAAUCAUCCCGCGAUGAGUUGAUCAGCCUCUACUCGAAAUACCUGCUUCCCUUGCCACGCCGGGGAGGAGGAUCCUCCUCCAGCAACGCCACAGAUUGUUCCUCAAACCACGCGCAACAGCAGCAGGAUGUGGAAAUGGCUGAUGCUUCCUCGUCGAGAAAUGGUGACCACCACCGGUCUAAGGCGGGUUCGAACGUGCGCAAUCGGAUCGUAUACUCCGAUAGCCCCGUGGACAACGUUAGUCACGGAAUGAAGCGGAUCCGACUGAUUAAUACCGGUGGGGGAAAUGUGGUGGCCAACAGCUCCGGUCCCAAACCGGUCACCACAACGGUGGUGAAGCGAACGCUUGAGAUUAGUCCUAAUCGGAAGAGUGGUUCGGUGGGGAAUGUGGUCAGUCCGGCGCCUAGCAAAAGGCAGAAGAUAACGUGGCCGUAGGAACAACUGUUAUGGUUUGAUGGUGGGACAUUUUGAACUGAAGUAUUCGGACUUGGACGCUUUGACAGGUAAUUGUAAGGAAUAAACGUAACUUUAAUGUGCA